UUACAGCUCCCAAUGGCUUCUUUCAAAACUCCGCAUUCGUGACUGUACCGGUACCGGUAAAGGUCUUCGAGCAUCGGCCUCAACCUCGACCGUGACACCACAAACCACAAACCACAAACAUCGCCUGGUCUUUGUUAUUACAAUCAUGGACUGGGUGCAUUCAGCGCAGGGAGCUCGAAAUCAUAUUUGCGGCCUCGAGUGGAGCAUGUAUGAGGGUGAUAUAGAGGAAGCAUUGCGGCGGUUUAAUGGCGAUCGCAACGGUGGCAAUGUUGCCGAGAAGAAAGACAGCGAAGGAAGGUAUCUUCUAUGGGAGGGUAUCGAUGAAGCUGCGUCGUUGCGUAUCAUAGAGAUGAUAGUACAACAGGCCCCAGAUGUGCUGAAAGAAGCCGAUUCAGAGUACGGUCAGCUUGCCCUGGCCAGGGCAAUCACCGAAGGACAUCCUGACGUGAAUGUGCUUCAACUGCUGGCAACACAGUAUCCAGCUGCCUGUACACACAGAGAUCGGAAAGGCAGAACCCCAAUGGAUAUCCUAGAGGAACAGAAAGAACGAAAUCCAUCCUUUUACACAGAUGAUAGAUAUGAAAAAGUGUGCAAAAUUCUACAAAGAAAAUGAGAGGAGCAAUUCGGCUUCCUUCGAGGUUACCGGUACCGGUACAUCAGACGUGUUCUGGUACCUAAAAGGGGACAUCCAAGCAAAAGUCAAUUCCAUAGUCUAUUCGUUGCACUAAUGCUAAGAUGUGAAUUGUUUCGUGCAAACAUGGAGGCAUCUUCAAAGGUAGCUCAGAAUGUUGCCAAUAAGGUUCGAAAGGCCAAGCUAGCGUUUGUUCCGCCUCAUGGAACUCCAACUUAGCUCACCAAAAUAGCAC